UGACAAAAUCGGAAUUCCCAAAUAACUAUUUCAAGAUGCAAUAUCCCACAAUACCCCGGUUACGUCAGACAGACGAAGAUGGCGGAACCAAAUAGAAACGAGAAAAAGUGUGGUACAACAGCUGCUAAAGUUGAACUUGGAAUACGGGCAUUAACUCAAGAAACCGAUCACUUAACGAAAAAUGUCACCGAACGACCUAGGAAAACAAAAUCAGGGAACCCUGGACCAAGUAAAACGGAAAUUAUUCCUAAAGAAAUCCAAGACAAUAUACAAAUGACGAAAUUCAACAAAGGUGUUAUUACGUACGCACUGCUUAAACUGAAAGAAAAGCUAGGAAAUAUUGGCAACAAACAUGUCAAUGUGGUUGAAAUAACCGGCGGGAAUGUCUCUAUUUCUAUGAUAUCCUACAGUGAUGCACUGCUUGAGGAACGAAACCAUGAUAGUUCCAAAAAGUAUUUCCUGUGUUGGAUACUAACAGGAGAAUCACAAACAUUGAAAGCCCAUUGCAAACUGUUGACCAACAUUGGUUGCAACGAACCAAACCACGUUUUCCUGUUGGAUUCGCACCGCAGCAAGAAUUAUGAACUGACUGAAGAUGUCCUGAAUGCUUUGGGGCAUCUACUUCAGCUAGAGUUAAAUAGCAUAGUCAAAGUGGAAGUAUUGAAUGUGCUACAGCAAACCUACGGUCAACCAUUGUGUUUCCCUUACACAUACGGAUGGGCAAUAGAAAUCCUUCUAGGACGGGUGUCAACCUUGGAGAAAAUCAGAUUUGUUGAGUCGAAGAUCAUCGAAGACCUACUUGGAAAUCUACGCAGCAAAUGCUGCCACAAACAAUUCACAAUUAAAAUGGAUUCAGAUCCUGAUUUCUCGCCAAAAGUCAUCAGGUUCCUGGUUUUUACAUGGAACGGACUGCAGCUGGCUGAUGAGAAGUUGCAGUCACUCCACACUUCCUCCAGUGUUACCCCGGUGACUGACCCGCCUUCUGAACCUGAAGUGCCAUUUGAUGAGCAACAACCUAAGUGGUUGGUGCCCUCUGCACCACCUCCUGAUCAUGAGGAAUAUUACAAACAACAACGUAAGUGGUUGGAGCCCUCUGCACCACCUCCUGAUCAUGAGGAAUAUAACAAAGACUCCUCAAAACUUCAAACUGGUGGAUCUAAAGAUAGGCUGUUUGAUGAGGUUGAAGUUGACGAUGAUCAAUUGUUUGGAGAAACAAAGGCAGCAAAAAACCCACAGGGAACCGGGCAUGAGAAGGCUUUAGGAGGCGUAUCAUCCAUGGGAGUUACAGACACUGUGAUGACCGAGCAACAAGAUCCACUCAGCAAAUCGGAAAGGGAUAGAGAUGAGGUGCCAAAUAUAUCUGAAAUAGAGGAGCUGCAAACACCACCCUCGUCUGCUUCAGUGACAAAUGCAGGUACAGUUGGAGAUGAGAAACUGAUCCCAAUCUCGUCAGCCAAACAAGCGUCCUCCAGGAAAACCAAGGUUGUCUUUCCAAAAAAUCAUGAUGAGAAUGAUGGCAGGAUUUGGCUUCCACUAGACCCAACUAAACGUGUCUUAGUGCCUAAAUCAAGUGAAACAAGUGCCUCGUCAUUGAAAUCUACAUUUGCUGUCAACAGGAAGGAGACGACCAGAGAAAAUGAAAAUAACAUUGCUCCAACACAAGCCAGGCCUAUGUAGGAGGACAUGAACAACACAAGCCAGGCCUAUAUGUAGGAGAACAUGAACAACACAAGCCAGGCCUUUAUGUAGGAGAACAGGAACAACACAAGCCAGGCCUAUGUAGGAGGACAUGAACAACACAAGCCUGGCCUAUGUAGGAGGACAUGAACAACACAAGCCAGGCCUAUAUUACACAUCACACGUGCAGCAAAACCCAGCUCACAAGAUAACAACAUGUUGACUUUAUGGGAGACAAGGACUUUAUGGGACCAGAUGACUUGACAGGUCAUAUGCAACGUGUAUAUGCAGAUGAAUUCAAUGUUUUAUUAGCUCGCUUAUUCUAAGAACAGAGAGUUAUAGCGUCCCCUGGCGUGAGCGUCAGCAUCAGCUUGAAAACUGUUAAAGUUUUAAUUACCUGCAAGUUAUUUAAAAGCUUGUCAUUCAUUAAACAUGUGAUAUUUAUAGUAAGUGACCUUGACCUUAGAUAUCAAAGGAUAAAACGCUAUCCAAAAGCUUAAGCAAAG